UCCAGCCUGUACUUCACUGUACGAUCAUGUCCGUUCCCGGGGCGGCGUUCGGGCCACUGCCAUUUGGUUGGACUCAACAUCAAAUAACAUUCGACAGGCCCCACCGACAGCUGUACUACCACAACGUCAACACGAAGGAGUCCACCUACACGCGCCCCCUCCCGCCACCCCCCGCGCAGGAGAAGAAGAAGAAAGAGAAGCCGCUCGUGAAGACGCCGAUCCCGGGCACGGACUGGAUACGCGUGCAGACGACCGAGGGCAACACGUUCUACUCGCACAAAAUCGACAAGAAGAGUGUGUGGGUCGUGCCGGAUGAGAUUCGCGCGGCUGUGCAGGCGAUGGAUGACGCCCACGGGGAGGACGACGGCGUGGCGCACGAGAUCGACAGGGUCAAGAGCGAGGUGGCCGCGGCCGUGAAGCGCAAAGCGGAGGAUCCGACCGUUACGGGAAAGCCGGCGGUCUCGAAGAAGGCGAAAGUGGAGGAAGUAGGCGAGGACGACGAGGAGGACAGUGAAGAUGGAGACGAGGUAGAGGAGGAUUGGGAGAAGGAGGCCGCUGCUCAACUGGAGGCAGAGGCGGAGGAGGAAAUGCAGCGACAGAGGGACGAGACGGAACGCGUCAAGGCGGAGGCUGCAGCGGAAGCCGAGCGUCUGCGCAAGGAGUCUAUCCGUCUUAACCUUCCCGACCGCGUUGAUCUAUCAACACUUCUCCGUGAAAAGGAUAUCAAUCCGUUACAACCAUGGGAUGCGGCCCUGCCCCUGUUCGUAUCUGACCCUCGCUACGUCUUGCUUUCGUCUGUUUCUGCCCGACGGGAGGCCUUCGAUGAUUACUGCCGGGAGCGCGCGCGCGAGCUACGACAAGCGAACGUCAAGAAGGAGGUAGAGACUCUGACCCCGAAGGAAGAGUUCGAACGGUUCCUGAAGGACGAAGUCAAAAGCACACGAACCAAUUGGUCCGAGUUCCGCCGGACCUGGAAGAAGGAUCGCCGGUUCUAUGGCUGGGGUCGUGACGAUCGAGAACGGGAAAAGAAGUUCAAAGAGUGGAUCAAGGAGUUGGGUGAAAGUCGCAGAAAAACGGGCCGCUGCUCUCAAAGCAGAGUCAGACUUCUUUGCUCUACUGCGCGAGAAUCUCAUCGGGAAACCAAGUAUGCCUUGGAAAGAUGCGAAGCGUGGGCUUGCGAAGGACCCCCGGUACGACGCUGUGGGUCUUCGUCACUUCGCGAGGAACUGUACGAUACUUUCAUGAAGGGCAAUGCGUUGAGCAGUGCGUCAGGCUCCAAGGCGAUUGAAAAGGAGGAAGAUAAACCUGAGGAGGAGACGUACGAAGAACAGCAGAGAAAACGGAAGGAGAGAGCUUCACAGGCUCUGAAAGACCGGGAAAGUAAGGUGAAAGCUGAUAUGGAGCGAGUGGAUGCUCAGAUUGGGCGCUCGCGGCAGAUCAGUGACAAGGAGGAGGGCGAGCUUUUGUUCAAGAGUCUGUUGACAGACGCAGUGCGGGAUCCACAGAUGACCUGGGACGUUGUUGUUCCCUUAUUGUCAGCGGACCCGCGGUUCCAGCUCUCGCCUCUUUCGACGGGUACACAGCGGGGCCUGUUCAAUGCACAUGUGAAUCAUCUGCGCUCCAGGCACAUGGCGUCACUUCACGCGUUGUUCGAGCAACAAGCGCCAUCACUGGUAACUGAAUUCGACGCGUUGCCGCUGUCCGAGCUACUCGAUGCACCGCCCGUCACGAGAUUAGGCUUCGAUGUUCGUGCGCUCGAGGAUGAAUUCAGCCGCUGGCGCAGACAACGAACGAGCGACUGUCGCAAAGCCUUCGACGAGAUGCUAGCAGAGAACGCAUUCAUCGAAUUCUGGGGGAAACUGAGGAAAAUCGGGGGUGAAGGGGUUGACGGCGGAGUCAAAGCUGACGAGGAAGGGAUGAACGAAGAUGAAGGGGCCGGUGGCGGGGGCAAAGUCGACAUGAAAGUGCUCGCCAAGAGCGUUGAUGUUGCUGAGAUUGAGAAAGUUCUGAAGAACGACAAGAGGUAUGUGAUGUUUGAUCAUGUUCCAGAACAAAGGGAGCAAUGGAUCAGGAGCGAUGUCGCCCGUCUUCGCAAGAUCGUGAUCAACAGCCUCUACUCGCACAAGGAAAUCUUCCUGCGUGAACUCAUCUCGAAUGCCAAUGACGCCGUGGAGAAGCUACGACUGACGUCCCUCAAGGACAAGUCGCUCUGGGACGGCAGCGAGCUGAACAUCACCAUCGUGGCUGUGAAGGACGAGGACGGCAAGGGCGGUCGUCUCAUCAUUUCCGACACCGGCAUUGGCAUGACGCCUGCUGAGCUGUCCACUAACCUCGGUACUCUGGCCAAGUCUGGCACAUCCGACUUCCUCGCUCAGGCCGAUUCUUCCGACGCCACGGGCACGGGCAACUUGAUUGGUGCUUUCGGUCUCGGUUUCUACAGCAGUUUCCUCGUCGCGGACCGUGUGCAGGUCGCCUCCAUCUCUCCCAAGUCAGAAAAGAACCCGACUCCCGCGCAACACGUCUUCACAUCCAGCGCCGACGACAGCUCGUACGAGAUCUUCGCUGACCCUCGCGGCGCGACGCUCGGCAGUCAUGGAACGGAGAUCACCCUGUUCUUGAAACCCGAUGCGGUCGAGUACCUUGACACGGACAAGCUUACUGCCUUGGUCAACAAGCACUCGUCGUAUUCAUCCACGUUCCCCAUCUACCUCUUCACUCAAACAGAGGAUGAAGUCCCUGUCGAGGAUGAGGUUAAGGAGCCCGUCGUAGUCGAUGACGAGGCCGCGGCGCAGAAGCCUUUGGACGACGAUGAGGCUGUUGUCGAGGACGCCUUCGAAGAGGAUAAGGCUACACCUGCUCCACCGAAGACCAAGAAAGUCAUCGUCGACGAGUGGGUCAAGUUGAACGCUCUUCCUCCGUUGUGGAUGCGUCCACCUUCUGAGGCUGCUGACGAGGACUACGAAUUGUUCUACACUGCGUUCUGGAAGGACUUCAACAAGCCUUUGGGCUGGUCGCACUUCUCUGGUGACUCCGAGUCAGGGACUUCGUUCAAGUCUAUUAUCUAUCUUCCCAGCAAGCUGGGCGAGGAAUACUGGAAGCAGCCGUUGGCAUACAAGUCGAAUGACAUCAAACUGAUGGUCAAGCGCGUGUUCAUCACCUCGGAUCUAGGUGACAACGUCCUUCCCAGCUGGGCUGCUUGGCUCAAAGCUGUUGUUGAUGAGGAACUUCACCUCGCUCGGACAGUAUGGGAAAACAAGAAGCAGGGCCAGAAGCAGAUCUUCUACCUGGCUGAGAUGGGCAAGACCAUCGAUGACCUCGCCCAGAGCGUGUUUGUCGAGAAGCUCCACGCUCGAGGAUACGAGGUUCUCCUGCUCAACGAGCCGCUUGACGAGAUUCUCGUGCAGAACCUGAGACAGUACAAAAACUUGCCCUUCCAGGAUGUCGCCAAAGCCGGACUCAAGUUUGGUGACGAAGAUGUCGAGGCUGAGGAAAAGGCCGAGCGCGAGGAAAUGACUGUCAAGUUCGAGCCGCUGAUCAAGUACCUCAAGGAGCACAGCAGCGACACUGUCCGUGAUGGCAAGUCGUAUUGCUUCUUGUCAGCAACACCAGCUCAUAUAUGCCAAACAGUUGUCAUCUCUAACCGUUUGGUCACCAGCCCGUGCGCUGUUGUUGCGGAGAGCUACGGCUACACCGCGAAUGUCGAGCGGAUGAUGGCGUCGUCGAACCAGAAACCCCAAAACGCGGCCAUGCACGAGUUCGCUCGGAAGGCGAAGGUUCUCGAGAUCAACGGCAAGUCGCCGUUGAUCGAGGGUAUGCUCAAGCGGGUCCAACAACUUCCCGAGGACGAGGAGGAGCGGGAUUUGGAGGCUGAGAAGGAACUGGAAGAGGUGACUUCCAUUCUGAUCGAUGGUGCUCUGGUGCGCUCUGGCUUUGAGGUUACCAACUCCAACACGUUCUUCACUCGCGUCGACCGGGUUCUGCGUCGAUCUCUGGGCGUUUCUGAGACGGCUCCAACGGACACCAAAGUGAAGCCGGCUCCGCCCGUUGACCCUGAACUGCCCACAGAAGAGGAGAUGGCGGCGGCGGCAGCAGCAGCGGCAGAACCUAUCCACGUCGACGUGCCACCAUCACCGCCGCAACCGCAAUGGGAAGUGGAGGAAGUCGACGAGUUUGGAGAACCCGUCGUCCGAGCCCAUGACGAGCUAUGAUUUGGGUAGCUUAGCAGGAUAUCAAAAAAUAUCAUUAUAGUAUCUGCAAGUGGUUA